AGCGGGCGGAAGCGCGGGGCCCUGUUCGCGUGUGUGCGAGCCGCUGUGCGGGACGGCGUGAAGCUGCGCGGGUCGCGCGAGGGUUGGCAGCCGGCACCUGGCCGACACCGCCAUUGCUGUCUGAAUUGGAGGAAGGCUUUGAUGGUGAUACGUGUGAGUAUCUUCUGUCCAGUGGGAGAUUUCUUGGAGAAAAAGUGUGGCAGCCUCAUAGUUGUAUGAUGCACAAGUAUAAAAACAGUGAAGCAAAAAGUUGCCUCAUAGACAAACAUAUUGUGUUCUUAGGAGAUUCUAGAAUUCGACAGCUGUUCUAUUCAUUUAUAAAAAUCAUAAAUCCUCAAGUCAAGGAAGAAGGAAAUAAGCAUGGAAAUAUCCCUUUUGAAGAUAAAUCUGCUUCAAUUAAAGUGGAUUUCCUGUGGUAUCCAGAAGUUAAUGGCUCUAUGAGGCAGCGUAUCAAAUCUUGGACUGAGGGUUCUGUGACAAAACCUCAUAUAAUUGUAGCAGGAGCUGCCACGUGGUCAAUCAAGAUUCACAAUGGCAGCAAUGAAGCCCUCACACAAUAUAAAAUCAAUAUCACUUCAAUUGCACCUCUUUUGGAAAAAUUAGCAAAAAGUAGUGAUGUUUACUGGAUUUUACAAGAUCCUGUUAAUGAAGAUAUGCUGAGUGAGAGUCGGAAAAUGAUCACUAAUGAGAAAAUAAAUGCUUAUAAUGAAGCAGCUGUCCGUAUUUUGAACAGCAGCUCCCGAAAUUCAAAAGCCAAAGUUAAAGUGUUCAGUGUAUCAAAACUGAUAGCACAAGAAACUAUUAUGAAGUCUUCAGAUGGCUUGCAUCUGCCUGAAUCAAGCAGGGAUACAAAUGCAAUGAUUCUUAUGAAUGUCUACUGCAAUAAGAUAAUGAAGCCCAUUGACGGCUCCUGCUGCCAGCCUCAGCCUCCUCUCACUCUGAUACAGAAAUUAGCUUUCUGUUUCUUUACUUUGUCCAUUGUUGGAUAUUUUGUUAUCAGUUUAAUUCAUCGGAAUAAUUAUCGAAAGAACAAAUCAUGCACUGAUUUGGAAAUUGGAGAGGAGAAGAAACCUACCAUCAGUACUCCUAAUGUUUCUACUUUAGAGAUGCUGUUACACUGUUUCUGCAAACUUGGUCUAAUCAUGACCUAUUUUUAUCUAUGUGACAGAGCAAAUCUUUUCAUGAAGGAAAAUAAAUUUUAUACACACUCAUCUUUCUUCAUACCGAUCGUCUAUAUCUUGGUUUUGGGGGUAUUUUAUACCGAAAAUACAAAAGAGACUAAAGUGUUAAACAGAGAACAGACUGAUGAAUGGAAGGGCUGGAUGCAGCUUGUUAUUUUGAUUUAUCAUAUCUCUGGAGCAAGCACUUUUUUGCCUGUGUACAUGCACAUUCGAGUUCUGGUGGCUGCAUAUCUGUUCCAAACAGGUUAUGGGCACUUCUCAUAUUUUUGGAUAAAAGGGGACUUCGGUGUGUACAGAGUGUGUCAGGUAAGGAUAGAUUUACUUAUUGUUUCUAUAAAGAACUUAUUUUUCAGGAAGUAGAAUAUCUACAACACAUCCAUACUCCCUAAGUAGUGUGAUGUUAGGUUACUUAACCAGACUUUUCAGAACCAAGGUGAAUAUUGUUUCUGUGCAAUCCAACACAUUUAGUGUUUAUUUGUUAUUAUUUUGCAUAUGCAAUGCUGUCAUCAAUGUAAAAAAUGUUUGUAGGCCUUAAAAAAAGAAAUCAUUAUUAAAUAUUUCGUAAUGUAUAGCAAUGGAAUUUCCAUUGUGAUGUAUGUGUGAAUAUCUACGUAUGUAAAUACAUAAUGAUCCUGGUAUUUCUGUAAGACUUUGUUUUUUAUAUGAGUUGAUAAAUAUUUUGUGAAUUCAAGAGGCAUUUGUGGACAGACUUUCUUUAUUUGUCUUCCUCUGUGAAUAAAGGUAAUUGUUGAGUGAGUUAUUCAGCACACGGGUUUGCUUGCUCCCAGCACUGCAAGUCUUUCAGUUGAUGAAACAAAUGCUGUCUUGUGUCUGAUUUAAAGUCAUUUCCAAGUAAAAGCUUUUAAUUUUUGCAUGCACUUUGAGUCUUUUCCUUAUUGGUGAGGAAAUGAAAACUCUUUGGUUUGUUGGGACCUUUAAUAGUGUCCCAAAACACUUGCAGUAUUUUUCUUUUUCUUUCCUUCAGAUGAGUGAUGUUUUGGAUCUGUUGAAGAAACUUUCCACAUUGUUAUUUCAUUAAGCAUCCAACUGUUUUGUACUGAAGUAGAUUACUAAUACAUGAACAAGAGGCAUCACUGUAGGAUUUGCUGCUUCUUUCAGAACUUAGCAAAGCAUCCUCACACGCUCCAUAUUGAUUUUUGCACAUUGCAGAAUCUAAGCUGAAUUUUUCUUCAGUCAGGGCAGAGUUCUGCGUGGCAGCAGCUUGUUUAACCACUUGGUGUGUAGAAUAUCACACUCCUCUAACACUUUUGUUUAGAAAUAAUGAAAAUUUCACCAACACAUCAGGUGUAGCUGCUUCCUUGGGAGAAGAGAGAGGAAUCGACUUAUCUUUUGUUUUAGAAUGUCUUAUUUUCCUGAAGCCUUUUCACUUGAGGGUUCAAAAAUUUGUAGAUCCAAUGGCAAAAUGGUGAAGAAGCAAACACUCUCCAAAUGCUUACAUUAAUUCUCAGGGGGCUUUUUGGUUUAUUUUGUAGGGUUGUUUUUCUGUUGUUUUCCCCUCAAAGACGCUAUGUUAGAGACGACAGCAGAUGGGAUGCUCACUCAGUCCCCAGGCUGGGAGCAGCUCUGUUGUACCCUA